ACUUUCACGUUGUUGUUAUUCAAUUUUCUUAUUGGCUUCCUUUUGAAAGAUUUUCCAACACCGUUCGCUUACGCAUAAACGACCUUCGCACAGUGUUUGCUGUGUCACCGGGCGGUCAAAGUUGCGCUUCCAUUUUCGUAAUUUGCAAAGUCGUCGUCUAAUUAAGCGACUUGGCCAUAAAAUUCGUUGGUAUUUAUCGCCAUGCUGAAUCUGAACUUAAUUGGCAGGUGUUUGCUCUCAAAUAUGUUACUUGACCAGGCAGCGCUUGGAGUGUAAAUUGCGUUUGGGAUCGGAUUUGGAACCGGUUGCGACUUGGAGUCAACUGUCAAGAUUUAUCCAGAAACUACGUAAACUUGAUUAGAAAAUGUAGCAAAAUUUGUAAAAUGUAUCUGUCGAGCCCAGGUUUUCAAAAUCAGCUGCAGCUAAAAUAUGGAGGGUUCAGAACCCAACGAUGGGCCAAGCGGCAGCAAACCGAGGAGGGGGUCAAAGGCGGAGCAGCCCGACGAGGAUCAACAGCAAAGCGACGAGGAUAUCACUGUAGAAGUCAUCCAGGUGACCGAUCCUUCCCGGCCAUUAAUGGUAACCAGAGGCAACAAUACGGACCCAAAGCCGCGCUCAUCAAUGAAAAAGGAAAAAACGUUGCGAAUAGAGGUUCUGGGGCCAGCAACCAGCUCGGAAACUACGUUGAAUGUCCCAAAGCAGGAGACACCAAGCCACCACGAAAGAGUGCUGCGAAAGGAGCCUCCGGAGCCAAAAAUCGAGAACUCGUUGGAUCUGGACGACACCAGUCGAAUCAAAUUGUUUGGACAAAAGAAACUCAGCUCCGAGAGCGAUGGGGGUAGCAGCCACAUGGAUAAUAGACUAUCCGCGGAUAACACUGAGGACAAUUCAACAGACUCAUUUGGCAUCCAGACGCGGGAGGGCGUCAUCGAAGGGUCUGUGUGUCUUACGUCUUCCAGCUGACUGGCUUUCUAGUCACCGGCGUCUCAAUGUUAUUGCUGAUCAUGAUCUCCUGGUUCCUAAUCUCUCAGAUCGACUUUUUCAUGCACUGCUUGAAAACGGUGUCGGUGGUAUUGCAUCAGGCGGUUGGCAGCAUAAAUAUA